CAGCUGUCUACGGAUGUAGUUUUUCACGAAGCAGAAACAAAGCGCCCUGAGCAUGGCUGGCGUCGCGUCUUGACUGCACCCGCCCGGGACUCGGAAGUGCUGAGGGCUGGCAUCGCCCCGUCUGCUGUCGGCCAGCGUGCAGAGCCCGGGGGGUUAGGCCUUGUUCCUCCCGGUUUGAUUUCACUGCUGCCAGUGGACAACCGGUCCUGAAACCCCAGGCCUCAUCUCUUUCCAUUUCAAAAUGGAUAAUAAGAAGCGCCUGGCCUACGCCAUCAUCCGGUUCCUGCAUGACCAGCUCCGGCACGGGGGGCUCUCAUCCGACGCCCAGGAGAGCUUGGAAGUUGCAAUCCAGUGCCUGGAGACUGCCUUUGGGGUGACCGUGGAGGACAGCGACCUUGCACUCCCUCAGACUCUGCCGGAAAUCUUCGAAGCGGCCGUGGCGAGCAGGGAGCUGCCGCAGGACCUAAGGAGCCCGCAGCGAAGCCCCCCUUCGGAGGAGGACUCGGCCGAGGCGGAGCGCCUCAAAACCGAAGGGAACGAGCAGAUGAAGGCGGAGAACUUUGAGGCCGCCGUGCACUUCUACGGGAAAGCCAUCGAGCUGAACCCCGCCAACGCCGUCUACUUCUGUAACAGAGCCGCGGCCUACAGCAAACUGGGCAACUACGCUGGGGCGGUGCAGGACUGCGAGCGGGCCAUCUGCAUAGACCCGUCCUACAGCAAAGCCUACGGCCGGAUGGGCCUGGCGCUGUCCAGCCUGAACAAGCACACGGAGGCCGUGGCCUACUACCGGAAGGCCCUGGAGCUGGACCCCGACAACGAGACCUACAAGUCCAACCUCAAGGUCGCGGAGCUGAGGCUGAGAGAGGCGCCCAGUCCUACAGGAGGUGUCGGCGGCUUUGACAUCGCAGGCCUGCUCAACAACCCGAGCUUCAUGAGCAUGGCAUCAAACCUCAUGAACAACCCCCAAGUUCAGCAGCUCAUGUCCGGCAUGAUUUCGGGCGGCCACAACCCUCUGGGGUCUCCCGGCACCAGCCCCUCGCAGAAUGACCUGGCCAGUCUCAUCCAGGCGGGCCAGCAGUUUGCUCAGCAGAUGCAGCAGCAGAAUCCAGAGUUGAUAGAGCAGCUCCGAAGUCAGAUCCGGAGUCGGACCCCCAGUGCCAGCAAUGAUGACCAGCAGGAGUGACCGCCCACCUGUAACCACGUCCCCAGAGAACCCUCCUCAACACUCCUGCACCUGGCCUCCAGAAGCACCUGUGACGGUGGCUGUGUCCCCGUCCGCGCGGCCUCCUCCAUCUCCUGACCGCCAUCCCCGUGUCCUCCCUCCAGCCAUCCCUGCACAUCGGGUCCUUCCACCGUGUCUGCCGCCGCCUGGAAGCCGUCUUCUCCCGUUGGACUGCCCGAGAGAGAAAGAAAUUCGACCUGCAUGUUAAGACGGAUUUUUUUUUUUUUUUUGCCUCCACCCUUCCCUCCCUUUUUGUACUCUCUCACGGCCCCCAGACCCUUCUCGAAACAGAGCCAGCAAGCUGUGAGUGCAGAGACCAGCACCCAUCUCCCUCCCAGCGCCCCCCUGCCAAAACCCAGUCACUGUUUUCUAGACUAUUCCGGGGUGGGGGGCAGGCCCUCCGAGCAGCGGUGCACGGGGGAUGCUGUGUCCUUGAAGCCCCUUCUGCAGCCCCCGCCCCCUCGGUCCAUCCUCAGGGGCCUCCCAGCCCACGGGAAGCUGCUUUCUGAGUGGACCUUGGCUGCCCCCGCUGCCUCUGCUCGGACAAGCUCACUGCCAGCCUCGCCCGGCCCUGGGCCCGGCUCUCGCAGGAGGGACUCCAGUCGUGGGUUCCUAGAAGAUGGUUCCAUCGCCUCGCGCCCGGUGGGAGCCCACGUCCUGGGUGCGCAGGACCCGUUUCUGGGACUUUUCUUCCAAUCAAGCAUUUUGACGGCCGCCUGUCUGAUCUCCAUCCUCUUUCCCAGGGCUCAGGACCACUGGACCAUGUGGUGUUCUCAUGACCUUGGCCCAGCCCCCGAGCCUGUCCCCGCCUGUCUGUGUCCCAGCCACUGCCCUCUGCCCGCAGGUGUCCGCCUGCCCAGCGGGCUCUCCGCCUGGUUAGGGUGGGGCCAUGGGGCCUCUGUGCCACCUGUCUUGGCCUGAGGUUGCGAGGCGGCCACCAGAGUUGCUUCUCAGGAGAGCGACCCAGGGCCGGCGGCCGUGUGGGUGUCCCAGUGGCCCUGGCCGGGUUGGGAGGAGAGGUUGGCUGGAUCCUUGGCGGCUUCCGGGGGUGUCAGCGGUCGGAGAGGUAGUUGCAGUGCCAUGUGUGUUGUAGGAACCAAUACGGAGGUGGGCCACCCGCAGUCAGGCGCUUGUCUGGUGAUGUGUCCCAACUCCUGAGUGCUAGCCGUGGUGGCAAGCAUAAUGUGUGGGGAAUAAAUAGACAUCAUGA